AUGCCAUCAAUCGUACGAUUGUUGACCGCUGCUCUACGCACAGGCAUAAUGCUCCUAUCAAGGAAUAGUAAGGUUCCUCCUAGACAACAUGUUCCUUUCUCGUCGCAGGGAACACCUUCCUCAUCGCUCUUGGCGGCUAUCGAGCAUUACCCGAGGUUUUUGGGUUAUUGCGUAGCACUGGCGUCUGGUAUCCUGCUCUAUAAGUAUGAUUUAGUUAUCGUGGGAAAUGUUUCCGCUAUGCCGGAGUUUCAACGCGAUUUCGGCCACCGAUUGAACGGAGCACUCAUCAUUCCGUCCUUAUGGCUGAGCCUAUGGGACGUAGCUAGUCCCCUUGGCGGUCUGGUUGGCGCUAUAGCCGCAGGACAGCUACAAGAUCGUGCCGGACGUCGCUUUUGCUUGGCCUUCGCGGCUAUACUGUCAGCAGCUGCAGUUGCAGUCGCGUACUUGUCGAACGUCCCGAAUGAUAUAGACGCCCACCGAGCAAUCUUUCUAUUCGCAAAGCUUGUGCAGGGUCUCGCCGUUCAUAUGAUCACAUGCACAACCCAAACAUAUAUAUCUGAGAUCUUGCCUCCCGUGCUGCGAGGCCCCAUGCUGGCCUUCUUUCCGAUCUUCAUCCUCCUAGGUCAAUUGAUGGGUAGUGUAGUGGUGUACAAGUCUCUAGAUAUUGCCGGAAGCCGAUGA